AUGAAAACUUUACAACCAUACCUGUCCAUAUUUGCUGAAGCAUCUAUAAAAAGAAUUUCAUUUAAUUCACAACUUAUUCUGCUCAUUAAAGGAGCGACUAUUGCUAUGGCAAAGUUUUCAUCCUCAAGCUCUUUCAUAGCAGCUGUGUCAGACAUGCAUUCAGUACUAUAUUCUUGUAUUGUAUCCUUUAGAGAUGAAAUCAUUUGCGCACCAUGUGAAAAGCCAAAAUGUUUUUUAAAGGUUUUGUAG